GAUUGCAGAGUUUUAAUAUUGGCACAAAGAUUAGAGAUCGAUCGGGCAAUUGGCAACAUUGAUUUAAAUAUUGGAUUGGAGAUACAUUAUUUAUUUCGGGCGUUAGCGAACACUACAGUUUCCAGUUUACUUUAGUAUUUUAGUCGAGUACGAACGACUUAAAUCUUAGACCAUUCAAAUAACAGGACCUGCCGCGCUAACCGUUACCCCUCUGGCAAAGAUCAAAAAACUAUGAUCUAACGCGUUUAUAAAAACUGUUGCUAUAGAAUCGAUAUUUCAUUGUUAUAAUCGUUUUCGUCGUAUAAAGAGCUCAAAUUUAUAGUUGUGUGUAGUGUAUGAUCUUUUUAGCCGUUUGUGGUAUGGACAUAAAAAAUUCUUUAAUGGUGUUAAAUAUUUUCGAUGUGUGAGUUUACCACGUGCGAUGCAUCUCCAUUUUCUAAUUCCUCUAUGACUUAAAUCUAUGAUUUUUACUCACACCUAAACUCAAAUUCAUAAGCGGGCUUAUAUUUUUACAACGAAUUUAUUAAAUUUGUAUUUUGGAACGUCAAUAAGAAAUGAAAUAUUAUUAGAAAUGAAAAUCCAAUUUUUCCCAUAAAAAAGGCACCAGCGAUCAAAGCGCCACUUUGAUAGGUCCCAAAGACAUUAGCAUAGAUUAGUGAUAAAGGUUGGCAACCUUUUCUUAGUUUGACGGCUGACUUCAAACAUAUUAAUCUGUGGCUGACGUUGACGUCACAACACGUAAACAAAUACAAAAUAAGCGCGCGCAUUAAAUUACAAAUUGUUAAAAAUAUUGAUUAAUGUACGGUCAUGGUUGAUUUGUUGAAUACAGAUUUAACUUGGUUUACCUUAAUAAACUAUUAAAAAUAAGGCAUAUUCAAGUGUAAUUUACUGAUAUAAAAAUGAAAUUAUCAAUGCCAAGAUAUACUUUCUGCCUGAUCAGCCAGAUUACAUUUCUGCUUUGUGAUCUUCUAUUCAAUUGCCUUAGUUUAUUUCCAAGAAGCCGCGAUGGCUUAUUAGUUUUGUUUAUUUUUCAGGAUUUGUUCUUGAUACUAUCUGUAACAACUAUGUUGAUGACCUUCUUUUCAACAUAUUUAUUUCAAGCGGGUCUAGUGGAGGUGCUGAUCCGCAAGUUCCGCGCAGCGGGCUCGGUGACGGCGGCGUACGUGCUGGCCAGCGUGCUGCUGCACGCCGCCUGGCUGCUGGAGAAGUGGGGCGACUCGGAGGCCGUGUCCUCGCCCUUGAUCAUCGUGCUGUUCACUCUGCAGCGCUGCCUGUCUCCGUGGUACUACUUCUUGUACAAGCGCGCGGCGCUGCGCGUGAGCGACCCGCGCUUCUACGAGGACAUCGACUGGAUCAACCAGCAGCUGCAGGCGCACUAGCUGCCGUGACUUGUCGUCGACCGCUAUUUGUUGACAUUUGCAUUGUGUUGUCUCGAGAUGUCGUGGUGAUCGGUCUACAGGAUAGCGCAGGUGGUGAUUCAGAUGACAAAAAACCGUCUCAAUUAACAUACAUUUGAUGAACUGCAUAGUAAUGGAUGGAUGGAUGACGCGCGUCAGAUUUUGUUAGUCAUCUAAGGCCGACCAACUGUGCAACUUAUUGUAGUUCUAAUUAGUAGUAGUAGUUCACACAACGUCGGCUAUCGGCUGCUGUCUGCGCUGUAUUCGUUCCAAUAUUAGAUAGAUCGCGGAACGUAGAACGGCUGAAAUCUUUCUCUCUGUGCGGGCCCUUCAUAUUGAAUAUUUCAAUAUUAUGUGAAGUCUUAGUCAGUUUAAUUAAAUAAGUUAAUUUUUUCAUGCACAAUGAUAUAUUAUGCUACUGGAGCUUGAAGCCCCUACGUAGAAAUGGCAAUCAAGGCAAUAACAUCAAGGCAAUGGAAUAAAUGUACCCUUUGAUUUUUUCUGAACCGUUAAUAAAUUGUCGCAGAGGUGUAAAGCUUCAAACUCUGACAAUAGAGAGUUUUAACUACCAAU